CCCAUCGAAGAGGCCAUGGAGGAAGUCAUUGGCUGCGGCACUACCUGCAUGAGUACGAUCAUGACGCCUUUCAUUAUUGGCGCCAUCUACGUCUUCGCACCUGAAACCGAAAUUCCUGUAUCAUAUGAUAUUCGCAGCCGGGACUUGAUCUGUUACCUUCUCUUCGGUAUCAUCAUCGCACCUUUCCAGGUGAUGAUGGAUAUCUUCAUGAACCAUGCCACAGAGCUUCAGAACAACGUGAGGAUCUACGACUACAUGCUUUACUCCAAGUGGCGCUGGCGCAACCGCGUGACCCGUUGGCUCUUCGAUGACCCACGGCUGGACCAGUCGAUUGCGGAGCCCUUGCAGAGUGUGAACCAUUUAGCCUUCUCACCUCAGUUCUACUUCAUUGAGACCUACUACACCUGGGGGAUGUUGGUCUUGCUGUUGUCCAUCACCGUCUUCCUCCGCAAGCAUCUGAAUCCAAUGGAUGAUCCCGCCUUGUUCGUGUUGGUGGGACAGAUGUUCUUGCUGAACUAUUUGCUUGAUCGAAUGAUCCGUUGGUUGACUUCUUCUGUGCUUUGGAAGCCCAUGGACAACAACAACUUCCGCAUCUUCAGCCGUUCGGUGGCGCUGGCGCUUCAACGUAAGGAUGCUGCCCUGGCCCAAGAGAAGUACCGGCAGUGGUUCUGGCAACGCCAUUCAGGAUGGUUGGUUGGCCACUUGAACGACAUCUUCACACCUCGUUCCCGUGAGCGAUACAAGGGAAAGCUCAGCCUGCUCUACCAGCAGGCUCUGCAGCUUCAACCAACCCGCGUCUACAAAACGCCGGGUGAUGCCUUCCCAGAGCCGGUCGGGCAGCAGGAGCUGCCGGAGAACCUACGACUAGAGCUGGAAGAAGACGACUCAGAAGAUGAGGCGAGUUCCUUGGCAUUGCCCGGCAAGGGCGGCUUUGGCGCCCUGAUGCUUCCGGGCGUCACCAGCAAGCAAGAACCCAGUCAAGGUAUGCGCCAAGGUAUGCGCGCCUCAGUGGCCCUGAGGCAACUGGACAUCCCCUCGCUGCCUACCAUGCCGCAGGCGGCACUGGAGCCCAUCGCGCCACCCUUGGAACUGGCGGACAACUGGCCGCUACAGGCGCACGGGGACGCUUUGGAACUACCAGAUGCUGCAGGCUUCGGCCCCCUGGCGGCUCUCACUGGCGCCGCCUGGCUGCGCGUGGCGCGGCGGCGCAUCAUCAUGGGGCGCCAGGCGGAGGAGUACACCAUCGAACAGCCCUUGAAUGAUGUCUGCGGCGGUUGUGCAGUGCGCGCCAAUGAUCCUUUCGUCAAGGAGCGGGUGGGCAUUUGGCAGCAUGGUCCACGCUUCAAAGUCUACCUGACGGGUAACCUCCGCCAGCUAAUGGCCAGCUUCGAGCGUCACUACGAUGUGCCACCCAUGCCGUUCAUCCCUUCGCAGUGGCAGAACUGGUUGGAUCGUCACAACACCUACCAGACGCUCUGCGUGCGUUGCGCCUUGGAAAGGGGCUUGGAUCCACCUGAGGCCGGCACACCUCCACAGACGCCCUUGGCAAUUCAGCAGCCACAGACCCCGCUGACCCUGCGGGACGAGGAUGGUGCUUCCACAGGCAGUGAAGAAGAAGAGGCCUUGAUGCUGGCGGAGCAAACGCCUAAGGACGACAAAGACGGCAGCGAUUUGGAGCUGGACCCUGCAGAGACCACCAGGUUUCCCAACUUGGUGAACGUCCAGGUCUCCCAGGCGGCCCGCGAGAUGAUCAUCUACUGGGCCAAGCAAGCGCGCAAGCGUGUGAAGCGCCGCAGGACGAUCCGCUACCAACCAAGUUCCAGUGAAGAAGAAAGCGAAGAGGAUGAGGAGGAAGAGGAAGAAGAUACGCCUUCAGAAGCUGAUUGAGGGCCAGGUCGCGAGAAGCGCGACGAGUCGAGCGAUGUACAGAGCUGCGCUCGUCCUCUCAGCACAAAUGGAUUCGUUCCAUAUGGAACUGAAGAAAA